UCUACUGACGAGAUGUGCAUUAAUUAUCGGCCGAUAUUUAUCGUGCACUCCUAAUUUUUUUACAUAAAGACAUAUUUUGUGGUUUCAUACAGACCGAGAAACAUUCAAACACACCCAGUGCUGAGCUUUUUGAAACAACAAUUCAGUUCAUUCACAAUUAGGUCAUCAAUUAUUCUUAUAUGGGAAAGAUAACAUUCCAGAUAACAAAUGACUAUUUUUACAGCAGUCUAAAGUUAUAUAAACCUCUAUUAGCACGGUAGAAAGUGGAAAGACAACGUUUAUGAAGCAGAUGAAAAUCAUUCAUGGAAGCGGAUACUCAGAAGAGGAGAGGCGUAGCUACACUGCACUAGUUUUUCAGAACGUAUUCCAAGCUAUGAGUGCAAUGAAAGAUGCCAUGAAGACCCUAAAGAUCCCCUACUCCAACCCACAGAACGAGAUUUAUGCCCAGUGGUUCCAGGAUCUGGAUAUACAUCAGAUAACGCAGCUGCAGAGUAAUUAUGUAGAGGCUAUUCGUCAUCUAUGGGCAGACGAAGGCUUCAUGGACUGCUACAAACACAAAAGAGUGUAUCAACUAGACUCCACUAAGUACUUUAUUGAUAACUUGGACCGCAUUGCAGCAGAAGACUACAUCCCUACCCAUCAAGAUGUUCUCCGUGUCCGAUAUCCCACCACUGGCAUAACAGAACAUUGCAUUAGUAUACAGAAGAUCAUUAUCAGGAUUGUAGAUGUUGGAGCUCAGAGAUCAAAUAGAAUGAAGUGGAUCCAUUACUUUGAUAAUGUGACGUCCGUCAUAUUUGUAGCUUCUCUCAGUGAGUACGACCAAGUUUUGGUGGAGGAUGGCAGGACGAACCGUAUGGAAGAGAGUUUGUCACUGUUCUACAAUACCAUCCAUUCACCAUGGUUUGCUAAUUCCUCCAUCAUCCUCUACCUGAACAAAAUGGACAUCCUAGCUGAGAAGAUUCAGUUCUCUGAUCUAAAAACAUACUUUCCUGAAUUUGAAGGCAACCGUGGGGACGUUCAUGAUGCCAUGCUGUUCAUCAGAAAUUUAUAUAUGCAAAAAAAUGUUUCCUAUGAGGAAAAGAAAAGCAUCUACUGUCACUUCAUUUGUGCCACGGACACCAUAGAAACCCGUAAACUCUUCAAUGACAUUAAAGACUUUGUCCUCAUCAAGGGCCUAAACGAGCAUAAAAUGCUCUGAGCCCAGACGCACCUUUAGUUUCAUUCACCAUCAGACUUUAUUGAUCUCAAUGCCAAUUCAUCUGCACUUGAAGACACAGCUAUUUUAUGAAGCCUUUAAAUUCUAUUUUAUAUAUAUUAAAAAAAUGUAUAGGUUAGUUGCUUUAGUUUGUUGCUGGUCACACAUUUUCUGUAAUAAUCCAAAAGCCAAAUAGAAAAAUCAUUGUUUUUUUUUUUUUUUUUUUGAGGGAACCAGCGAGAUCCUAAUUUCUGGGUUGGUCUACAAAAAAUUGUCCUGACAAUGAUGACCGCUGCAUCCGAAAGCUAAAAAUGUAUGUGGAGGAGGAAGGCAACAAGGCACAUUCAAAUUUAAAUAUUAUAUAUCUUGUAAAGUUUCAAUAAUGUAAAACACUAAAUUGAAUAUUCUCUUUAAAACAGUAUUUUGACAAUUUAGUUGAAUAAUAGAAUAACCAAUGACAAAAAAAAGAAUCGCAGGGAAAUACAUUUAUCCAAAAAGCACAUUUAUUAUUACAGCGAGUUGAACUGUUCAGGACAAACAAAAGAUAUCACCACAGCUAUCACCUAAAAAAAAAUAAAAAAAAAAUAAAUACAAAAUAAAAAGUUGUGGAUCAUCCAAUUAACAACAUACAGUAUUAAGAGUAUUUCAAAGGUAGGGACAUUCUAAAA